UGUGUUUAUCUCAAGAUCCAUUUUCCAAAUUUACUACAACUCCUGGCUGCAGGUGAGCGGCAACCUCUGCCGUGAAUCCCCAUUGGAAGCUUUUGCUGUUUUUAACCUCAAAUUGAAUCUCCGUGGCUCCACGGUGUUUGUGUCCGGCAACCGAUUCAUGUCCAGCGCUGGCACGCCGACAGUUCUGUGGAUACCUGCAGCUCCCAGAGAACUCACAAACGGAGCGAUUGUGGCCGCGUGCAACACUGUGAACGGCGAGGAGGGAGUGCAAUACAGCAUCCCGUCCGUGUACAAUGCCACUAUUCUGACCUGCAGCGAUCCAUGCGCCCUUGCGGCGUCGUGCUUCCCCUCCUACACGACGACGGCCUCGAGUGAUGGCUGCGCCUGCAGGUGCGCGGAGGGCGGCCACGGCGAUGCGUGCCUGCCCGUUGCUGUCCCCGAGCCACCGAGCACUGACGGCGCCGACUUGUGCGUGCGGGAUGUGCGUGUGGGUGUGAAGGUGAACGCCGGUCUCGGGACGUCGGUGGUGUGCUACGUUGGUGUGACCUUUGCGGCAGACGUCGUGGUGGACGUGGAGUCGAUGUCAGGGAGCGUGCGCAACGUGACGCUGGCGAACUGCACGUUUUUUGGCGGAGCGAGCCUGUACGUUGUCGGGUGGCGGUCCGACCCGCCUGCUGGCGAGCGCGUCGAUGUUUUGUUGAGCGGGCUUGAGUCGCGCUCCGGCGGCGGCGUGGUGGUGGCGAGCCGGUUUUCGCCGGACUCGCGCGUCACUGUGGUGGACUCGGUGCUGAUCGCAGAGAAGCGUGUUGCGUACCACGGCGACUACGACCUUGGCGACCUCUCCGCGUGCCUCGUGGUGCACAACGUGAAUCUGACGGGUAGCGUGCUGACCAUCGCGCGCACGCAUGUGGCGGCUGUGUUCGGCGACGCUGUUGGCUUGUUGUUUGUUGGCGGCGUGGCGCUGUCGUCGCGCGGUGCGCUGUACGUGGACAGGCUGUUGGUGCAGACGGCGCUGGGGCUGUGCGUGUUGGUGGAGGGCGGCGUUGCGGCGAGUGGCGGCUCCGUGGUGGCGUUUGUUGACAGCGGCUUCCUGCUUUGCAAGCACGCGGUGUCUGUACGUGGGGCUGUGAGCGUGUCGGACUCCGCUGUGGCGCUUGUGCGGAGCGAAUUCUUGUCGACGGAGGAAUACGCGGUGGCGUUUUAUUCGACGGUGAGUCUGGCCGACGGGUCGAUGCUGCUGGCGAAGGGCAACAUACACGACGGUGUCUCGAGGGAGAUGCUCUACGCUGCUGGCGCCGUGACCGCUGCUGGGAGCACGCUGAGCUUUGUGCGCAACCGAGCGCUGCUGCCGCGGAUGCUGUCGCUGAGCCUGUCGCUUGCGGCUGGGGCGCAUGUGAGGGUGGCGUGCAACGACGCGGGUGGACGUGUCCUGUCGACGGCGGAGGAGUACGCGGCGGCUGGUUUUGGCGACGCUGGGCGCAUCGACGUUGCUGGGUGCGGCGACUGCGACAGGGACACGCACUGCUACGCGCCCGGGACGGCGUCUGCGAGCAUGACGAACGGUGUGUGCGUGUGCUUGUGCGGCAGCGGCGGGUACGGCGAGGCGUGCGUGCCUGUGGGAGCUCCCGCGCUGCCGCCCGCUGUGGGCACUGCGCCGAGUGUGUUCGUCCGCGAGAACUUGACGGUUCAGUCGGUGUUCGUUGUGCCUGCCGGCGCGAGCGAGGUGGCGCUGCGCCACGUUGUGCUGGACGGCGUGAGUCCUGUGCUCUACGUGCCGUGGAUGGCGCGAGACGGCGUGCGGAUCGUUGUGCAGAACGUGUCGCUGCUGAACGGUGCCGUGCUGUACGUGAUGGGCGGUGGAGCGUUGCGCGGUGCGGUGGCGGCAGGGAGCGACGAGGGCGGGCCGGUGGAGCUGUCCGUGUGCGAUGUGGAGGCGCUGAACGGUGCGCUUGUGCUGAGCGGCACGUUCCCUGCGGGGUCAGUGCUGACGGUGACGGACUCCCUGCUGGUUGCCGCGAGGCCGACGCCGCUUGUGUAUCUUCCCGGCUCGCAGUCCUCGCCGUACGCACCGGUGCUGGUGCUGUCGGGCCUGCGGCUCGUGCGGUCCGUGCUGGUUGUGUCCGGCGUUGCUCUCGUGACCGUGAUGACAGGUGGGCGGACGGUGGUGGUGGACGGCGCUGUGCUGGAGCUUGUCGGUGGCGGUGUCGCGCUGGACGCGGCCGUGUUCGGUGGUGAAUAUGCGUUGUACGCGAGUGCGCGCGUGGUUGCGUCUGGGGGCGCUGUGCUGCGCGUGUCGGGGAGCCAGGUGUACGCCGCGCAUGGGUUGGUGUUUGGCAGCGGGGCGGAGGCCGACGCGUCCGCCGUCGUGGUGAACGACAACGUCGGUGUGCUGACGGAUGGCGCGCUGCUGGAGCUGCGGGGGUCGGCGUCGUUUGCGUCUGGUUCGUGGCUUUCGGUGCGCGGCAACAGCAUCAGUGGCAGGCUUCUGUCGCUGCCGUCGUACCCGCGCCGUGCGGACCUCGUGCAGAGCACGCUGACGCUCCACGGGAACGCCGGCAGCGGGCCCGUUGUGAUGGAUGGCACCGUUGCGCUUGUGGGUGCCGGCCGGAAGUUUGUUGUGGGAUGCCUGACGCUGAACGGGCAGGCGCUGCAGCCGAUGCACUACAGGUCCGCCGGCAUCAUCGGGGAAUUCCGCCCCGUGGCGUGUGGCGUGUGCGACGCCGACGUGCGCUGCUUUGCAGCUGCGACGAGGGCGAUGUCGGGGUCGUGCGGCUGCCGCUGUGCUGAGGGCGGGUACGGGCGCGACUGCCUGCCGGUGUACCUGCCGCACGUGGACGGGUGCAACCGCACGCCUGGCAUGCCGCUGUUGAGCCACACGGCGACGCUGACGGAGACGCACAGCCUGACAACAACGUGGACGCCGAGUCUAAGCACGACGCGCUACAGUCCGACGCGGUACGGGCCGACGAAGACCCUGCAGGUGACGGAGACGGUGGCGCUGCCGCCCACGCGGACCCCGACGGCGUCGGUGAGCAGCACGCUGUGGUGGAGCGACGUGGCGUGCCCUACACUCACCGUGACGACGACGGCUGCUGGUGGGAGCCUGACGCAGAACGACAUUCGCGGCAGUGGGAGCGCCGUCCCGACGCGGCUGAUGGUGGCGCUGCCGCCGCCGUUUCGGUGGGCACGCGACCCGCAGCUCGGCACGCACCUGAGCUUCGUGCCGGUGUCGACGGUGCAGCCGAGCGGGUUCGGUGGUCCGUGGGGAGCGAUGCUGAGCAACGCGACGUGGGUGCGCAACGCGACGAAUCCGUCCACCGUC